GUUUAUUCUUCUAGGAAUCGUUGCUUCUUCCAUUUAUUCACUUGCAUUUUCCUCCUUUACCUAAACCCACUUUUUCACACUCACAGUCACAGUGAAGGUCCUUCUCUGGCUUUUCAGUUUGGGGCAACUUUUUUUUUUAUUCUUUUAUCUUAGGCGGUUGGCAUCGGGAAAGGAGUCGUGGAGGAGGAAUUGAGGAUCAGACCCAGAAUAGCACAUGGAUCAGAAUCUCCUGCAAGAUGCCAAAGAACAUCCCAGUAACGGCUAUUUUCCCCUGAAAGAUGUGGAAGACAAUCAUUUGGGAAUCUUUGACAGACCUCUUCCUUGCUUUGGUUGUGGAAUAGGAUGGUUUUCUCUGCUACUUGGGUUUGUAUUCCCAGUCAUGUGGUAUUAUGCAACAAUUCUUUACUUUGGGAAUUACUACCAUAAAGAUCCGAGGGAGCGGGCAGGGCUAGCUGCCAAUGCAAUAGCUGCUCUGAUAUUUACUGUAGCAGCUCUAAUUGCAGUUGCCCUGGUUCUAUUGUAGUCAUCUUCUGCGAUGCUAUUAUCUAUUAGCUGAUAUCCAUAAUCAAGAGAACUUAGAGAUGACUCCCCUAUGGAGAAAGUAGCUUCACCUGAGUUCACAUACAGAAAAGGUGAUACCUAGUGGAACAAUGCUGCAGGCCACAUGGGAACGGGAGAAAGUUAGUCCAUUACAAAGGCUAUGAAGAUGUAAAGAUAUGUAAUUCUAGUGUGCAUUUGUUGUGCUGUCUAUGAGACGAUAAUAUGUGGCUUAAUCCUGUAAUAUGUUGGUGCAUCAAUUAAUUUUCUACACGAGAAACCAAAGAUCGUGUCCAGUUGCUCAUGAACACAUCAUGUGUAUAUUGUGUUCAUUACUAACUUUUUUUCUUCUUGCUGCC